UGUAAACUGAUGUGUUGGCUUGGAUGUGUUUUCUAAUUGCACUUUUAAUGUUUUUGAUUUAUGAUUAUAGUAAUCAUAUUUUUAAAGGGCUGAUGCUUGUUGCUUUUGAGCACCAUUUCCUGGUAGGAAGGAACAGGAUAAAAUAAAUAAAUGGCAAAAGUUGGGAAAGUGCAAUUCAGUGCCUUUCAGUUUGGGGAUGUGUGAAAUAGGAGAGUUUGCACUGAGAUGUAAACUAAAUCUCCCACAUCUCUGCCAGCAUAUCAGAAACGGGUGUCUUGUGGCCUUCAAUGCUUUGGCAUACAACUCCCAUUGGCCCUAGUCAGCAUAGCUAGUGGUGAGGUUCAUGGGAGGUGUGGGCCAAAAGGUUUCAGGGCUGAUUUGUCUCUUGCAUACCAAUAGCAAUCUCAGAUCCCUGUGUGUCCAAAGCAAAAACAGAACCAUUUGUGCGUCAGAUGAUAGUCUUUAGGAGAUAAAGCAUAAAAUGGGAGGAAAUCGGUAUAGAUUGUGCACGCUUAGUGAGCAUUACAUGCUGAACAUUGUGGAAAGAGAAUGACGAGAUAAAGCCAGCAUUUGCUGGAGAUGAAGCAGAGUGUUUGGAAUCUUGGCAUUCUAUACUGCAACAUUUUAUUGCACCCUGGCCUUCUUCUAGCACACCUCUUCCUUGAAAGGUGUGGAGGGAAGUUGAGCAUGAGAGUUGGGGGCUUUGCCUGGGGUGUAUGCUGCUUGUUCAGCUUUAGCGGCCCUUUCCUUUUUCCCUACAUAAUUUUUGAAAUGGUGUCCGCCAAGGCAGUGCUUCUCCGCUGAUCUCGGUUGCAUCUGGGGGUCUUUUCCCGCCAAGCAGUGCUGGAGUCAUGCAAUCUUGCAAGGUCCACUUGUGCAUUUCUGCCCCGAAGUGGCUCUUUUUCUGCUGGGUACAUCAGCAUCCCAUUAUGUGUUCACUCCGGGGAGAAUUUUAGCCUCAUUAAGGAAUUCUAUCAUUCAUGGUUUCUACUUUUUAUUUUUUAAAGGGUUUAGCCUCAUUAAGGAAUUCUAUAAUUCAUGGUUUCUACUUUUUAUUUUUUAAAGGGUUCCUUUGUUGCCGAUGACUUUGAUCUCACUGAUCCUGCAUUUUCAGAGGAUUAACUUAGCCACAUCCGGGUUCGGUUGAGCUUUGGGGGAAUGACCUAAUGUUCUUGUCUCUUGUUCUGUGGACCUGCUGAUGGGCUACACACCAAAUGGCCUUAUUUGUCCAUUCCCUCUUUAGCUUUACAUCUCGCUUAAUGCUAAGGCCUGUCUUGAACUCACCAGCAGACAUAAAAGUGCGGGUCUUUUUGCACUGCGAUCUUGCCUUUAAUUACUGUAAUAAAUGUGAUGGCCCUUUAGCUGCAUGCGGUUUGCCUGUGUGUGCACGUCCGUGACCCAUAAUAUUUAUUUAAUUAUAAACCCACCCCAGUCAUUUAAGGCUCAUGGCAGGUUGCAAUGCAAAAAGGAUGCAAUAAAAAGUUAAUUCAGGGGAACGAUUUAUAUGGUGUGAAGUGAGAAUUCACCUUUCAGCCAUUGCUUGUCCUAGUUCUGCUCACAGUAUAAAUACUGCGGGUUUGACUUUUGUGGAUCUGAUUAUUUGUGAGACUGCCAUCGGUAAUUAAAUGGGAGGCUUUUUCGAGUUCUGUGGCCUACUGUGGAAAAUUGCCAUCACUAUAGAGAGAGAAGAAGCAAAGGGUGAGAGAGGGGGACCUCUGAAGCAUGCGUCUUUGCCCUGCAUCCCAAGAGGGAAAUCCUCCGGCAUUUCCUUGGUGCAAAGAGGAGACCCUCGUGAGUGAAAGGGGUGGUCAGGGAAUAAGAACAUAAGAAAACAAAGAAGCGAUAAAUGACGAAGAGGAGCCCUGUUGGUUUUUCUACUUUUGCGAGGGUCUGUGCUCCUAACUCCCCUGAAUGUGGAGGGCUGACAUUUAACAAUAUCAAGGACUCUCACCUGGCAGCUCUUUUUGCUUUUGAUAUAGCAGGACAGCCUUCUAAAAGUGUUUGGUUUAAGGAGAAAAUUAAUAUAUGCUAUAGAUCAUUGUAGUGCAGCAUUCUCCAAUCUGUACUCCAGUGUUUUUAAUGUAUAGUAAACUGUGAUCUUGAAAGUGCCAAAUCAGAAGGGAAAUGCGUUAAUUGAAAGUGGAACUACAUGCUAUAUUGUAGCAAAGAGCCCAUCACUAUGAAGGGUGGUAUUUAAACCUCCCCAUUCUUUUGACCUCUCUUGUUCAACCUAUGAGCUCCUGCCCGGCUCUCUUCUGUUUAUAUCACUGGAUGACCUCCUCCAAUAUCACAGUGGACCUCUGCAAGCCAGAAACAGCCGUGUCCCGCCAGCCUCUCUGCCCUGGGACAAAAGACCUGUGGGAUUGUAGGUUCCCGUCCGUGGGAGGUGCUACUGUCUUGGUUGUGGACACAAAAGAGAGGAGCUGCCACCUUGACAAACUGCUGAUAUAAUUUAGAAUCCAAGGAAAGCAUGGAAGAGGCAGAAGAAAACCACAUUGGUCUGGAGGUAACCAAUAGCAGUCGCCAUGAGAGCAAAAGCCACCGGAUGGGUCUUCACCUGCUGAUAAAAAUGAUCAACAAGUCUCGAUGGAAAAUACUUGGGCUACUGGCUAUAUUUUUUGUCAUGGUGUGGUAUACAGUAUCCAGAGAAGAAAGGUACAUGCAGCUUUUUGCUUUCCAUUUUCAAAAUGACAAGAUGACUUGUCCUCUGGGAGAUGUGGAAAGGAAAGCUGCACAGCUCAUAGCAAAUUACACCAGGGAUCAUCCACUCUUUUUACAACUAAAGGAUUACUUCUGGGUGAAGACCCCCUCGAUCUAUGAGCUGCCAUACGGUACUAAGGGAACAGAGGAAAUUCUCCUUCGAGUCCUGGCAAUCACAAGUUACUCUCUUCCUGAGAGUUUACAAAGGUUGAAAUGCCGGAGAUGUGCUGUAGUAGGGAAUGGACACCGGCUCAGAAAUAGUUCUAUGGGACAAACAAUUAAUAAAUAUGAUAUUGUGAUCAGAUUGAACAAUGCACCAGUCCAUGGUUACGAAAAAGACGUGGGCUCUAAGACCACUAUGCGUCUCUUCUACCCGGAGUCAGCACACUUCAACCCCAAAACCGAAAAUGACCCCAACACACUGCUGGUAUUGGUGGCAUUCAAACCCAUGGAUUUCCAGUGGGUAGAGACAAUUCUUCAUGACAAGAAGAGACUUCGAAAGGGCUUCUGGAAACAGCCUCCCUUAAUUUGGGAUGCAAAACCUGAACAAGUGCGGAUUCUUAACCCAUAUUUUAUGGAAAUCACCGCUGCUAAACUGCUUCACCUUCCUGUGAAGCAGCUGGGGAGGUUAAAACAGAAACCAACUACGGGAUUAGUUGCCAUCACUUUAGCAUUGCACUUUUGUGACGUGGUACACAUUGCAGGCUUUGGAUACCCUGAUUCUGCCAACAAGAAGCAGACCAUACAUUACUAUGAGCAAAUUACAGUGAAGUCGAUGGCUUCUUCAGGGCACAAUGUUUCACAAGAGGCUUUAGCAAUAAAAAAGAUGCUUGAACUGGGACUCAUCAAGAACCUUACUUACUUCUGAUGGAAUAAGGACUGCAGACCACCCGCCUCCUUCAGCCGGCUGCUGGACCAACCAGAAUGUGUUGUGGCUGGUAGCAUCUCCCACAUAGCUGUCCCUUCCCACUGGUGCAGAGGCCCUGCAACUUUGCUCGAAUGACGUGCAGGCCCAGGUAGAGAUGAGUUCUUCUUAGAUGCACCGCCAGUUAAGAGAAGAGAUAGUCUGGGAAGAGGCUGGAUGGCCGUGACUGCCAUUGGAGGCAGAUGGACACUGUCCUCUGCAGAGGUGACUUGAUUUGGACAGUCCAUUAGUUCCUUGGCUUCACAGUGGGACGCUUAGAAACUUCAUCAGGAGCAGCAGAGAUGCGCCUUGUGUGGGGCCAGUGCCAGUGCCGAUGGUGGGCCUUCCCACAAACAUUCCCACGGGGGUCAGGUGAUCCCUCCCUGGCAUGUUGCUACAGUUACCACUUUUGCCUUCUCAGUCCACGAGAUACAGUGGUGGCUGUUUACUUUUCUAUUUAAGUUACAACCAGCUCAGGUGACAGCGUAUGGAGCAGGAGGCAGUUCAAUGAAGGAUUGUUAGCUGUUUGCCACCUUUUCCCUUUCUGUUAACAUGAAGAUGAGGCAAAAAGACUAGUUCAAGUCUCCCUGUCCAGCAGAAGAGUUUAGGUUGCCCAAGAGAACCAUUCUUACAUAUGGAGGGAGCUGAUAACAAUGUUGCUUUCUCAUCCCACUGUUGUGUCAUUUUGGGGGAUAUUGUGGCAUGAGGAAGAAUACCCUACAGUAUUGUUUGCAGUCUAAAUACUAAAAACAGUGGAGUGGAACCAAACAUUUGGUUUUUCUGGACAUGUGGUUGAAAGUCUAUCUUCCUUCUGUGAAGGGGAUCUGUGUGUGCCAGCCCCCUGUCCAGUAUCCCAAGGCUGUAGGCAUCUUUCCUCCAGUAUGUGGGAAUUAGUUCCCAGCAGGUAUAGGACAACAGGACAAAUGACCUCUCCUGGCAAAACUGAGCCUAGAAGGAAUGGGGAGAAGACGGCAUAGUGAGACAGCAUGUGUCCAUUUAUCGAGAGAAGUAGCAAAUGUUGUGUUAUUCCCCACUGGCGGAACAGACGUUGUAUAGCACUUUCCCCCAUUCUUUCCACGGUUAGCAGACAAGUGUUCGGAAUGCUGGCUCUUCUCAGGGGGCUGCACAUGGGGUGAAUGUCGAAGAGGCAGGGAAGGGUGGUGGUCCAGGCAUUUCAGGAACAGGCCCCAGCUCAGAGGUGCUUGCCUGCUCUGGGACAUCAGAUCAGUGCUUGGAAGAUCCCAACACUGAGAUUAAAAGAAUGAAGAAGUGGGGCUACCAUAGUACAAAAUGGAGCUAUGUGUUUUAAAGGAGCACAGGAGUGUCCAGUUAGUUAAGGCGAGUCGCAAAAAGGAAAAACAGAAAUGCUCUGCCAUUACAUGCCUCAAAAUCCUGCUUCUUAUAAAUGCGAAACCUGUAGAGCUAAUAGCCCGAAACGCGGCAUCCAUCUACGUAAUGACCUCUUUGGUCAUGCAAAAUUUCUAACUGAGGCAUAUCAUUUAUUUCUGCCAUAUCUGGGAAAACUGUGCAGGAAUCAGUCCCCACCCCCAAUUUUUUUUAAUGUCAGCGUUGGGAUUAAAAUUAGUUGCUAUUCCACCAGUGAAGUGUGCUUAUUGCUGGUUAAAGGGUCUGGAUUGUUUCCUGUUAGGUCUGGAGCCUUUUGUUUCAUCCAUUGGGGGAGAAUUCAGGGUGAGUUAAAUUACUGGAUGAGUCCCCCGUACACUGCCACCACACCUUGUAUGCACAGCCAACGUGCCUUAGCCAUUACUGCAAGUGCCCAGCUUCCAGGGCUCUGCUGGGAAUGACAACCCCCAAUGGCUUGGGCCAUUGCAUCCAUUGUUCAGAAGUGGUUGAGUAGGCUGGGUUGCCUGGGUCGUGGCCCAUGGGAUGCCCGGGGUCCUGACCCGGGGCUGGUUUGUCACCUAAAUCCAGACUGUCCCUCAUGGGUGACAGGAUAAGAGAGACCUUUCUCCCAAAGCUUAUGAUUCCAGAAGGGUUCGAAUCCCUCAGAGAAUGUUGGAAGUAUCUUUCCUGACUAAAUGAUACUGCAGUUCAGUGUUAAAUAAUUUAAUAAAUUUAAUUUAAAGCCA